AUGCCUCAUCCGUCCACAAGAUGUUUGCAUCGCGGUGAUGUAGAAGCCACUCACAUAAGGCUCGACGUGGUACUGGGUCUAGGUCAUGGAACUGUUGAACCGACUGAAAGUGGUACGGAUGGAGUCCGGCUGUUUUUAGCAGCUUCAAUACCGCAGGCUGGCUCACACCAAAGAGACAUGCCGCAUCGCCCGCAUACGAGAUAUGCUCUUCGUCGCAUACUUUCUCCGAAUUGCGCUUAUGUAGGUUUUCACCACUUAGAAGAUAAACUCGUACCAUCUCGUAAAACUCACGACGGCGGGCGCGUCGCGUGCGCGGGAACGCGAGGGCACGUCACAUCGGCGCGUGCGUAUGAGUCUCACUGCCGCGCGCGUCGCUCGGUCCCAGCGGGGCGGUGGGGGCUAGAAAAAAGGACCCCAGAGGAUGCGAGAAAAAUUAUAAGAACUGCUAAAUUACAUGAAUCUGAAUUAACUGAGACAACACAAGUCCUGAGAUUUGUAGAUGCUAGCAAUCGAAAUGCUAAUUUACGACUACUACAAUUGGAUGAUUACCUUUUGAAAGAAAUUGAAGAAGGAAAAGAAUUAAUUUUUAAGGGUGAUGGUGAUGAAAAUGUUGUUUUAUGUACCAACACUAAGACAUAUGAUGUCAAAGAAGCAGAAACAUCCAACAGCUUACUUUUAGUGCCAGGCUUGUUAUUUGCAGCAGAAACGGGCCUGAAUGAAACUGUUCAAAAUGACUCCAUGGAAUGUGAUUCUGACACUUCAUUUGAGAAAUCCAAUACGAGUCUCAACAAAUCCACCGACUCUGACGAAGGAAACAAAGUACCCCGUAAAAUUGAACAUAAAGAUAUUAUUAACACGUUUUUUACUUAUUACGAGCUCAGACCAUGUAAACCACGUCUUUCUAAAUUGCGUAAAUUGCUCGAAUCUACGAUGUAUCAGGGUGUUGAAUUGGAGUAUGCAGUAGAGAAAAGUAAAUUGAUGACAUAUGAAGACAUAUUCGAUGAAAUUCAAGCUUCGAGAUUAGAGUUGGAUGAGGAAUUAGAAAAAAUACAAGCAAUUAAGAUAGAUGGCUACUAUCGUUUGUUGGAUUUUGAUUAUGAAUUUAGGGUCUUAUCAUAUAUGCUGGAUCUUAUCGAAGAAAAUUCUUGGCCUUUAGAUAAAAUAUCAAAAGAAGUCACUUUUGAAAGCUUGAAAGAACUUUUACCUAUUUCCAUAUUAGAGGCAAUGUUUAGGUUCUACACUACCGAAUCUAUUAUAGAGGAUGGUAUUCAAUAUUAUGAGUACAAACAGGAUAAAGUUUGUAUUUUCUUAGCAAGAGUAUUGUUAAAAAGCGCAGGAAAAUUUAAUUUUUCUGAAUUUAUGCAAGCAUGGAAAGAUUCUGUUCCUGAAGGAAUGGUACCUAAUGAAUCUUUACUUUCUGGGGUGGCCCUGAUUGAUAAAUCAAACACACCGAAUGUGAUUUGGGCUUUAGCUGAAUCAGAUCUACCAGAAGAUAUUAACGAAAGAUUCAAAGUCUUAUUUCAAAGAAAGGCAAAAUGGACAGUUCAAGAAAUUUCACCUUAUAUACAGUGUUACGCAACAGAGAAACUAAGCGUUAAUGCAAUUUUAACGAAGUAUGCUCGUGCUUCAACACAAGAUGGUGUUAGAGUUUUUUCUGCAAAGCACAUGAAGUAAAUGGACAAAGCUCUACUAAAAGUUAAAUAAAAACAUUUUGUUCAGUUAUUUUUUAUUCUUAAUUAAAUUAGCAUUAAAAUCUGUAUAUACAUUUAUAUAAUCUAAUUAACACAGCCAUAUUAUAUUCUGCUAAUACAUGUGUCGUAAAUCAUGACGCCAAUAUUUAAAAUAUUGAAAUAUUUUAAUGAAUAUCUUAUCGACAAGAAGACUUAGGCUUAGCAUUCAAGAAAUUUUAGAUUUUAUUUAUCCAGUUAAUUAUAUAAUCUUUAUUAUUAUUUAUUUAACGUCUAGAAUGUAAAAUUAACUAAAAUUUUGAGUUUAAGUAUACAUUAAUCUUUGGUUUGUUGUUUAUGAGUGCUUGACAUUUUUUCUUAGUAUCUCCAGCUCGUCCCACAUUUCUUUCGGUAAAUCCUCGCCAACUUCUUCCUUGAAGUAUUUUUCGAUAGCAUCCGCCUGUGAAAUAAAUUAAACACUCCAUAAAUGUUUAAAGACUAUAGAUAUAUUAUGAAAUCGCAAAAGCUUAUUUUAGUAAAUAAUUGUAAACAUCUAACUUGUUCGAGUGGAAUCAUAAAAUAAUAUUAAUGUAAAACAAACUCAUAUAACCAAAACGUACCUCUUUCAACCAGAAAUCUUGUGGAAUGCUGAACAAUUGCUUCAUAUCAAUAUCUCCGAGACCUUUAAUAUUCAAUUCACCAUCUUUUGGUAUAAAACCUAGUGGUGUUUCCUGGUGGCAAGUUUCACCGUCGCAACGACGCAGCACCCACUCCAGAACUCGUGAAUUUUCUCCAAAACCGGGCCAAAGGAAUUUGC